CAGCCUUCCCAUAGAAAGUACUAACUUAUAGUCUUCCUACUAACACCGUACCUAAUAUAUAUAUUUCGGUACAAGCUAGCUAGUAAUAUAGUACCAAACAAAUUGUAGUAGUAACUAACAAAUUUUGAUCAAUAUGACAAACCAGAGCAACGGAACAGGACGUGUGGGACUCCGUCCUCCAAACGCAGGAAAUCUAAUAACAGUCCUUAGUAUUGAUGGCGGAGGUGUACGCGGCAUCAUUCCUGGUGUCAUCCUUGAGUACCUUGAAUCCGAACUUCAGGAAUUAGAUGGUGAGGAUGUAAGGCUGGCGGACUACUUUGACGUAAUUUCUGGAACAAGCACAGGGGGUCUAAUUACAGUCAUGCUAACGGCUCCAGACGCUAACAACAGACCUUUGUAUGCUGCAAAAGAUAUCGUUCCAUUUUAUCGUGACAAUCUUCCUAAGAUUUUUCCACAAAUGGGCUGCUUGCCAAUAUUUGAUGGGAUUAUCAAGCUGCUUAAGACGUUGGUCGGACCAAAAUACGAUGGCAAGUAUCUUAAAAACCUUGUAACGGGAUUACUAGGAACCACAAAGUUGGAUCAGACGGUGACUAAUGUUGUCAUUCCUACGUUUGACAUUAAGAAUAUGCAACCUGUGAUCUUUAGUUCAUAUCAGGUGCCAAGGGAGCCUAGCAUGAAUGUUCAACUAUCAGACAUCUGCGUCGGUACAUCAGCAGCACCAACAUACCUCCCGGCCCAUUAUUUUGUGAACGAUGAUCGCGAGUUUAAUCUUAUUGAUGGUGGCAUCGCGGCUAAUAACCCAUCUUUGACUGCAAUAGGGGAAGUGACAAGGCAAAUUGUGAAAUCGGAUACAAAUUUUUCUGGAAUUUCGCCCCUUGACUUUACAAGAUUUCUCCUGAUAUCGUUAGGGACAGGCACGCAGAAGCUGAAACCACAAUAUGACGCCAAAAUGGCUGCGAAAUGGGGAGUGCUCGGGUGGUUAGUCAAUAAUGGUUCCGCCCCAUUGAUAGAUGCCUUCAAUCAAGCUAGUGGGGAUCUGGUUGUUAUUCAUAAUGAUGUCGUUUUUGAAGCCCUCAAAUCUGUUGACAAUCAUCUUCGUAUACAGGUCGAUACACUCACCGGCAACUUGGCUUCAGUAGACAUGUCAACAGAGGAAAAUCUAGACGGCUUAGUGAAAGUCGGAGAAGAGUUACUAGAUACCCAGGUUUCCCGAGUGAAUACUGACACCGGACUUGUUGAACCUGUCCCGGCUGCUGGUACAAAUCGUGAGGCACUAAAACGAUUUGCGAAACAACUCUCAGACGAACGGAAACUCAGAGAGUCGAAUUAUACCGGUGCAGGAGUUCAAUGAAUUGUUUCUUGGAGAGUCGAAUUAUACCGGUGCAGGAGUUCAAUGAAUUGUUUCUUAUUUUAGAUUUAUAUAAAAUUACACGACUUUCACCAGGUUGUAAUAAUGUUGAAUUUAUUGAUUGUCUAUGACUCUAUGUAUAUGUGGAUAUAACUAGCAAAAUUCAUUUGUAAUUA